CGAAAUUUUGGGUCCACCAAAUACUCCUAUGAUUGUCACAUUGUACGUCCAAUAAUUAAUUCAUUUUCUGCUUUCAAAAAAAUUUAAUCAUUUUCUUAAAAAUAAAAAUAUCAAAAACUUGACAGCCUCUCAACGAUCUCUCCUGAGUUUCUUCAAUCUUCAUUUCUCUCGUCGUUUGUCGUUCUGUGAGAGGGAGGGUCUCGUCUGAGGAUUAAAGCCGGUUAAUAAUCGGCUUCCCAGUUGCAUAGACCAUGAUUAAGUUGUUUAAGGUGAAGGAAAAGCAAAGAGAGCUUGCAGAAAAUGCAAAUGGGAAGCCACCAGUGAAGAAGCAAAGUGCAGGAGAAUUGCGUGUGCAUAAAGAUAUAAGCGAGUUAAAUCUACCAGAGACAUGUAGAAUAACGUUCCCUAAUGGAAAAGAUGAUUUAAUGAACUUCGAAGUUACCAUUAAUCCCGAUGAAGGUUAUUACUUAGGUGGCACUUUCAUAUUCUCUUUCCAAAUCUCUCCUAUAUAUCCUCAUGAAGCACCAAAGGUCAAAUGCAAGACAAAGGUUUACCACCCAAAUAUUGACUUGGAGGGAAAUGUGUGUCUUAACAUUCUUCGAGAAGACUGGAAACCGGUGUUGAACAUUAACACUAUAAUCUAUGGGCUGUAUCAUCUCUUCACGGAACCGAACCAUGAGGAUCCUCUGAAUCCAGAUGCUGCUGCUGUGCUGAGGGACAACCCAAAGCUGUUCGAAUCGAAUGUGAGAAGGGCAAUGUCCGGUGGUUAUGUGGGACAGACAUUCUUUCCGCGGUGCAUAUAAAAAGAUGCAGGGAGACAUCUUUGCCGUGUUGCAUGGUGUCAUUUCUCCACACAUAAGAUUAUGUGUAACUGGUCUUUCUCCCUUCAAUUGUAUUGUAUGCAGGAAUGAGACCAUGCAUAUUGUAUGCUUUCUUGGCUGGAUUUCUUCUGGUAAAAUCAUGAUUGUCCUUAUUGAAGUAAUUUGUAAGAAUAUGAAUGUGUUGCCUUUGCUUGGAGGGAUUUUCUAUUAUUGAUCGUGACCGUCUUUUUUUCUUCAUUCCUGCAUUUUGUAUUGCCUAGACAAUAUUGAUUUGUAAUGCAGAGUAUAUGUAUUUCUUAUGAAGUUUG